CACUUGGGGGCGGUAGUUCACCAAGUAUGCGUAAUUCGCUACCACAUUCGCUGACGAGCAGGCCUACCUUGUCUAUUCAGCCUUAUCUUUUGUAAUUUUUUUCAUUUGAUGGCAUUAACGUCUACAUUGUUGAACAAUGUGGCCAUGUCCGAUGAUAAUACGCAUAAUUACAAAUAUAGUGUUGUAAAGCUGUUUCCAAGUCUGUUGCCAUAGCAGCAUAAAGCGGUUUCCAGCGACAUAAGACAGAGAUGGACGGGGUUUGGGGUGAGCAGGCUAACCUUAACGUUAACUAUCCAAAUAAUGCACACUUGCUAUCUGUCUAAGGAGUCCCCGCCUCCAAACCAGGUGUUGGAACCAUGUGCAAUAUGCGGGAGAACUUUUCUAGUACAAAUACUGGAGAAGCACGUACCCAUUUGCAAGAAAACAGCAGCCAAAAAGAGGAAAGUGUUUGACUCCAGUCGGCAGAGAGCAGAAGGAACCGAACAUUUGUUAUUUUUUAAAUCAAAGUGGCGAAACGCUUCGUUCCAGAGGCCAGAGCCAAUUAAGAAACAGUCAAACUGGCGCUUGAAGCACGAGGAAUUGAUCAACACCAUCCAUGCCACAAAGGGCCUGGCUCGUGUAUUGAAGGAUGGAGGCCCUCUACCUCCACCUCUGCCUCCUUCCUCAAACCCAGAUUACGUCCAGUGCCCGUUCUGCCAGAGGACGUUCAAUGAGGGUGCCGCACAGAGACAUAUCAACUUCUGCAAGGAGCAAGCCUCACGCCUGCAGAACAGGACCAACAGAGGGAGAACCCCUGUGAAGCCACAGUACAAACCUCCCCCAAUUAAGAAGGUGAACUCUGGGCAGAAUGCUGGAGCAGCCUCAGGAAGGAGGACACCCUCUGCUGGAUCUGUGAGGAGAAGCUACUCCCCGGCCCGCAGUGAUUCUUCGGGCAUGACCAGCCCCACGCCUGGUGCGGAACCCAAGCGUCUAAAUUCUCCAGGGUCUGUUCAGAGCUCACUGCGGGGGGUUGGAGUAAAGAUAACACCAAAAGCCUACAGUGCACGAAGCACCACUCCCAGCGAGGCGUGCUCCAACCAGGCCCGGCUGGCCAACUUCUGCCAGGACUGCGGGAGCAGGUACCCCUCGGACAGGGCCCAGUUCUGCUGCGAGUGCGGGCUGAAGAGGCUGUCCAUAUGAGCGCCGACGCACCGCCGUCAGUCUGAAUCGCCACGACAACGCCACUGGCCCAUGCAUUCCGUGAUUGUUGAGGCAGCCAUUCCCACCAAGGCAUUCCUCACUUGGAUACAGUUCAAAUUUGUUAUGAAUGUAGUGUUAAAAGCUAUAUUUAUUUUAUAGAACCCACACAAAGGAAUAGGAAAAAAGAAUAAUAAAUUUAGGUACUGCCCUGUACAUUAAUCUGGCCUGGUCAUUUAGAGAAUGUAGAACAUUGGCAUAUCGCCAAGGUGUUCAGCUAUAACAGCCUUGACCUUAGCGAUAUUAUUUAUAGUGCGUUUCAUUUCAGCUGAAAGGGUAUUUCCCAAUAACUGUACAGGAAUAUCAAUGAGGGAGGCAGCGUUCUCUGUGGAGUUCCAUGGCCUGCAAUUGCUGUGUUGCAUCCGAUGACAGUGUAACAUUCGAUGCUGACGUAAGCAUUUGUACCUAUUACUUUGAAAUCUAUUAAAUAAUAAAAUGACUCUCGACA